AUGCUGGGCUUCUCCAACACUAUUCUAGACCUGGAUUUGAUUGACCCUCAACUUCAGGGAGCACAAUUUACCUGGUCAAGAGGGGAGGAGUCUUUCCAAGCCUCUAGAAUUGACAGGUUCCUUAUCUCAACAGAAUGGAGCGAGAUGUUCAAUACUAUCAAACAGUACCCCUUGCCUAGAGUUUUUUCUGAUCAUAAACCAAUUAUCCUGGAAAGUGGAGAUUGGGAGACCACACCUUCUUAUUUCAAAUUUGAAAACAUGUGGCUUCAAGCUGAGGGUUUCAUGGACAUGAUAGAAGGAUGGUGGAUUUCUUACACUGCCUAUGGAACAAUCGAGACUCAAAGGAACAAGGCACUCAAAGAACUUUGGAAGUUGGACCAGUUAGCUGAGCUCAGAGCUCUCUCUACAGAAGAGAAAGGUCAGACAUUGAAUCUCAAACUUGAACUUCAGCAAAUAGCAACCGCUGAAGAGAUCUCAUGGAGACAAAAAUCAAGAUGUUUAUGGUUGAAAGAGGGGGAUAAGAAUACAAAGUUUUUCCAAAGAAUGGCCAACUCUCAUAGAAAGGGCAAUACCAUUGACAGACUCAAAAUAGGGAAUGAAGUAAUUGAAGACAAAUGA